CGGCGCGGCGGGAGCGGGACGCGGCGGGACGGGCGGGCGGGCUUCCCCUCUCCCGCCCUGCUCGGGGAAUUGGAUUCUUCUGGAUCUGCUGGAUCACGGAGAUUGUGGGUGAUGCUGUACAUAUCAUUGGAGACAAGCUUCUCACAAGUGGCCUCAAUCCAUGUGUUCAUUCACUGAUGACCAGCUUGUUACAUCGCGAUCUUACUCAGCUAAGUGCCCGAAGCUUGUAGCAGUGACCGAAGUCAGAAGGAGCUGACUUCUGAACGUAACAGGCAGGAUGAAAGACCGGCUAAAUGAGCUGCGUGAAUUUGCCAGGUUACACAACCAACAGUUUUCUGAUAGUGAGGAUGAUGAAAAUUCACCCCACGAUGUUCUCCUUUAUGAGACUGAUUAUGCCUUGGAAAUUCUUCAUAAAGACAUACAGAACAUCCGGACAGAAAAUGACCACCUAAAAGAGGAUGUCAAGCGGCUCAGAAAGCAAAACAGCCGCUUCCUUACUUCCAUGCGCCGCCUUAGUAGCAUCAAACGAGAUACUAAUUGUAUUGCCAGAGACAUCAAGGCCCGUGGAGAAAGCAUCCACAGGAAACUCCAGAUAAUGAGAGAUUUCAGCGAAGAUGCAAUAACAAAAUACGGGGCUAUGUCUGUCAUUGCCAGGGUAGCGAAGAACCACUACGUUGACCUCAUGCACGCCUUUCAGGAAGCUAUGUUUGAAUACAACGCAACUGAGAUGAACCAACGGGAGAACUGCAAGAUUCGAAUUCAGCGUCAGCUAGAGAUCAUGGGCAAAGAAGUUUCUGGCAACCAGAUUGAGGAGAUGAUUGAGCAAGGCAAAUGGGAUGUCUUCUCUGAGAACCUCUUGUCGGAUGUCAAGGGGGCUCGCUCAGCCUUGAAUGAGAUAGAGACACGUCACAAAGAGCUGGUGAAAUUAGAAGGUCGCAUUAAAGAAGUUCACGAGCUCUUUCUGCAGGUGGCCCUGCUAGUGGAGGAACAGGCGGACACCUUUGACGUCAUUGAGAUAAAUAUGCAAAAUGUUGAGGACUAUGUAGGAGAAGCUAAAGAGCAAGUGAAAAAAGCUUUGGAAUACAGAAGAAAACACCCCCUCAGAACAAUCCUCUGCUGCUGCUUAUCCUGUUGCAGAAGGUGACUAUCCCACUGAAGCUAUCACAGACCAGCCUGAAUGUCUUCAAAAUCAGGCAUUCUUUCCAGUGACUUUUCUGUAAUGACAACCCCUAGAAAUUGGGGAGGGGGGGGCACACUAUUUUGCAAUUGUUUUUGUUCAUUGACUUUUUCCUACAUGUGUUGACAGCUGUUCUAUUUGAGAGCUCCUUGAAAUGUUGAUAAAAUGAUUUUUAAUCUAUUUUUAAUUGAAAUGCACUCUGUUGCUGUAGGUAGAGGUACAAGAAGAUCUCUGCAGUGAUGCUUGUUUCAGAUAGGCAAGAAAGAGGAAUGAAUGAUGGGCUGAUAACUCAGCCUAGGAAAGAUGAGAAAUUUCAAGAAGUAACUUUAUGCUUAUUUGUCAGUGAGUCUGCAGGCAGUGCAGCCUUACCACCUGGGGUGACACAAUACACCACAGAAUCAGGAGGUUUCCAUUUUAACUAGUUUGGAGCCUGCUUAAUGCAAAUCCUUGAACAGAUUUUUUGCUCUGUUCAUUUGACAAAAUACUGAGCCUUUUAGCAGGAGCAGGACACAGAGCUAGUUUCUAUUUCAACUUGAUUUCCACCUGUCCUGAAUCUUAACAGAAGUAACUGUACCUUAAAUGAUAAUAUGAACGUUUUGCUCCGUUGGUGUGCAAGUGAUUGCUUUUCUCCAUUUUGAGUACCCCCAACUGUUGUCAAGGUGGCUAGAAGCACUGCAACACUGAGGCAUCUGACUUUUAACUUGAGCCACUGUCUGUACUCUUUCAAAAAACGGCCAUGCUUUUAUGCUUCUAAUACAUUUUGCUGCCAAUUAACACUUCAUCCAGAAGAGAUGCAUGCAGUGGCCUUCUACAGAAGCACCCAUAAGAAGAUAACGGGGGGUCGAGAAAGUAUUUUAGGGUCUCCUGUGCUGGCACAUACACACAAGCAGUUUUAGUGGAAGGAUUAUCCUGUCAAUAGACUUAUUUUUUUAUAAGCAUUGAUUGAAUAUGGGGGGGGGGGUGUUUAUAUCUAUUUUAAAUAACAUGAAGGAUUAAAUGGAUUAACAUGCAGUUUUACUGGUAUACAAAAACUAUGACUUUUCUCCCAUUAUUAAGAAAUCUCCACCUGGGAAAGAAAAUUAGACGUAUUUCUUCAGUACACCUGAAGAAGAAAGAAAACAACAUUUUAAUGGUAUUUCAGUGCUCUUGUCAAGCUUAAAAGUAAUCUUACCUUUUGCGUAAGGGGAGUCUACCCGCAGUAGGUUUGGAAUAUGAGGAGGGAAUAGAAAAUUCACAGCCCUGGAAACCACUGAGUGUUGUCAGUGAAAUGUGUAUUCAUAAGGUCUGGUGAGUGAUUAUAGCUCCUACUUCUGAAGGUUUUCCAACUAUAAUGUUUCUAGGUGGCUUCUUGAUACACUGUGAUCUAUUUCUAUCCUUUGAAUUAAUGCAGGACAUUUUUUCAGAAGUUAGUGACUUUUUUUUUUAAAUGCUGAUCCUGUUUGUACCUAUUUUAAUAAAUAUAUUUAAACAUUUCAAAUAUUUUGUAUUUGGGAGUUUUCCUUGGGAGAAGUGCAUAGCCAUCUUCCUGCACCAAUUGCAAUGAUGCUUUUCCCUUCUGAUCUUUUGCACAGUAAUUUUAUAUGUGAAAAACCACCCAAACAUUUCUUACUAUUUAUAUUGACAUAAUGAAACAGCAAAAUAAAUUCACCUUCCAAGCUUUCAUAUCCUAGUGGGAAAUGCUUCUUAGCCAGACAGGCUUUUUUACAUGAACAGAAGCUAAAUGGAGAACUCCCCUCAGAAACUGAAAGGCUCUUUUGCUGAAGCACCUGUCUGUGAUAACAUGGAAGAGUGAGGAACACUGAUCUUCUAAACUAGAAUAUAUUUUGAUAUUCAGUGAUAUCCUGAUGAUACCACUAUUAUGCUUGCCUGAGGACCCCUCCAAUAACCCAGUGUUCAACCUUGAAGUGGGAGAAAGGAGGGUGUUGAGCUGGCACCAUUACCAGUAGUUUUGAUGAUAUUCAGGAGUCGUUUACUGUGCAGCUACUGCCAUUCAAGUCAAUGGAACUGUUCAUUUGUAGAGAAAUAUUGUAAACCUCUAAGGGUCAGCACGGGGAAGGGUCAUCAGUGAAGAAUAAAAUAUGUAUUUAAUUUCAUCUGCAUAUUCUUAGCACUCACCAACGCUUUUGAUAAAAAUGUGU